AUGAAUGAGGCAAUCGUUGAUAUUGAAAAUCGGGCAUAUUUCUUUAUAAUCAUUAUCCAAUGUUGGUUGGCACUUCAAUUCACUGGUGAUUUCAAUUGGUGUAUCAGGCAUUUUACUGAAUUGAUCAUAGAAUGGCCUGUUAAGGAGAAGUACAUGUUUAAAGAUUUGGUGAUAUCUUAUGGACCUGAACUUCCACCCGUCUUUAAAGGAGUUACAUUUGAUAUAGUCACAUCAGGAAAAGAGCAAUUUGGAUCCAUUCAAAGUUAUGACGCAACAUUAUGGAAUUCACUUCGAGGAGUUCACAUCAUUCAAGAUGCAGAUAAUGAAAAUAUAGAUUCUACCAACAGCAGUGUAGAUUUUAAGACUGAUUAUUUAUUUCAAACUACAAUAAGAGAAGAAUUUAAAGAUUCGACAGUAUUAACCAUUGCUCAUCGGUUAAGAACCGUUGCUGAUUAUGAUAAAAUUUUAGUUAUGAUGAAUUUUACACACAGUAAACUCAAUGAACAUGCACUUAUAUCAAAAUUUUUAACGCGUCUUUCGGAAAUACCUAAAUGGUCUAAGGCUGCACUUUCCCUCAAAAAGGAUGGAAUACUGGAGAUAGGAAAGAAGUUGGACAAUGUCAAAACAACCACCAAGCUACCCAACAAUGCUUGGAGUAGUUAUGGAUGUUCUCCGUCUUUUAAUCAUUUUAUUGUUAUUUUUGUCAAGCAACAAACAAAAAACGAGGAAGUGGUAAGGUUUUGGAUUGAUCAAGAUAACGAGAGGGCGGAAUUCGAGAUUAAACAAAUUCAGAAUCAACUCGUUGUUAAUAGAUCGAUUUCUAAUAAUAUAGCACACGACCUAAUUGAAGAACAAAAGUUAGAUCUUAUUGCAAAGCGAGAAUUGAAUGACGAACCUUCCUUCAGAAGAAGAUUGGGUGGGAAAUUAUCUUCAGUACCACCAAAUAAGUUUUCAUCAAAUUCUGACUCUGAGGUCGUGACGUCCACUCCACUUACGAAUGUCUUUCUUGCUUUCUCUUCACAACAACAAACACUAGUGAAUGACGAACCUUCUUUCAGAAAAAGAAUAGGUGAGGAAUUAUCUUCAAUGCCACCAAAUAAGAUCAGAGCCAUUAACGCGGAAACUUCUCAAAGAUCACCCUGCAGUGAAAAGUUAUCAUCAGAUCCUGACUCUGAGAACGUGACAUCCACUCCACUUACGAAUGUCUCUCUUGCUUCCUCUACACAACAACAAACACCAGUCGAUCUCAUUGAGCCCAUUGAUCUAAAUGGAGUUAAAACCAUUGAUUCAAGCACAUCUUUGGUAUCAGAAAAGGAUGAAAAGCAAAAAACAACCAGAAGAUAUAUCAACCGCGACUUAGCGGACGAAGUCUUAAAAUCAUACCAGACACAAGUCCUGCCGGGUGAGAAGUUGAUGUAUGAUAAUGUCGAUACCUUGAGCUUCGCUUACUCAAAAGUGAAGAAAACUGAAUUGGCGAAAAGCCCUCUAUCCAUUGGUGUUGUCAACAUUAAUAACAUCAGUUGCACAAAAUUUCUACCUCUUGAUUUCAAACAGUUCAUAGCAGAUCAAAUUCAGGAUUGUGAAACUGCAUCUAUCUAUUUUACUGACAACCGAUUUAUUGACAAGUUUAUAAUGGAUUGUGAGGAGGAGGUAUUGAUAUUUUUGGAUAAGUUUCAAGACAUAGGGGAUUUAGCAUCUUUGGCAAGAUGUUUGAACGAAAAUCCGAUUGACAUGUCCGUUGCAUCUAAUGAUCUUAUUUAUGUACGAAUUCUUUUCGAUCAUUUCUAUUUCUUAUUCAAAAAUGAUACCCUACUUCAACCAAUGUCUGAACACGAGUUCAGUGCAUAUGUAUGGACUCCAUUGAUCAGAAAUGCCUUUCUUGGAAAGGACGAUUUAAAGUUAAGUUGUGGUGAGCUGGCGUCAAAGUCAUAUGAGAAACUUAAAGGAUUACUAAAUGUUUCCAGCCGUGGUGGUCCGAAGUUAGAUGGAAAGGGUCUUUUGAAAUCUUUAGGGACCGAAAUUUUAGCUCAGGAGGAUGGAGUUUUUAAUACCCCUAGUAAAAGGACAGGAGACCUCCAAAAAUUGGAAUAUUGCUCCAAAGUUAUUCUAACAGCCCUGUUCUUUGCGUUAUCUUCAGCCACUAAAAACAGAAUAACAGAUAUCGAAACCUACACCUUACAGUCCAAUGAAUUUCGCCUUAAAAUUUCUGCAACUAAAUAUCUUUUUGAAAACACCAUCAUCACAAUGGAUUUACAGCAUGUGGAAGUUCCAAGGACGGUGGAGGGGUUCUCGAAGUUGGUGGAAGGUGUUAAAACCAUUCUAUCAUGGAAGGCGCGGACCAGGAAGAACACCAUGAAAUUUUAUGAGGCAUUAAAUAAAGGGCAUAAGCGCUUAACCAAAAGAGUUUUUUUUUCACCGGUUAAGAUAUCUAUGUAG